UUUUGCUUCUACAAAGUUAUUCUGGAUAAUUUAAAGUUUUGUCAACCUGCUGUGAUUAAGAGGCCACUUGCUUUCCCUUUCUUCAGCCAUUUGGACACAAUGGAUCACUUAGGGACAGCAGACACUGAGGAUGAUUCAGGAUCAUUAACACGCCUUGCUCCUAGUCCUCAUAGUGAAGCAGUUGCUCAUGAAUUUCAGGAACUGUCAUUGCAGCCCAAUCAGUAUUUACCCCCCCUCAAAGAACGGAAAAAUGUACUUCAGCUUAGGCUGCAGCAAAGGAGAACAAGAGAACAGCUGGUAGACCAGGGCAUCAUGCCACCUUUGAAAAGUCCAGCUGCAUUCCAUGAGCAGAUAAAGAGUUUGGAACGAGCCAGGACUGAAAAUUUUCUGAAGCACAAGAUUCGCAGUAGACCAGAUCGAUCAGAGCUGGUCAGAAUGCAUAUUCUUGAAGAGACGUUUGCAGAGCCCUCACUACAGGCAACUCAGAUGAAACUGAAGAGAGCUCGACUGGCAGAUGACCUGAAUGAGAAGAUUGCACAGAGGCCUGGUCCUAUGGAAUUGGUGGAAAAGAACAUCCUUCCUGUAGACUCUAGUGUUAAAGAAGCAAUUAUAGCUGUUGGGCAAGAGAAUUAUCCCCAGGCUCUUGAAGAUUACUCAUUUGAUGAAGACAGCAGUGAUGCUUUAUCGCCAGAUCAGCCUGCCAGCCAGGAAUCGCAGGGUUCAGCAGCUUCCCCUGGUGAGCCAAAACCAAGUGACUCACCAUCACCAGUCAUACCAAACACUAUUUCUGCAGCUCAGUAUCCACCACUAACCUCUCCAGUCCUUGAAUUCCUAAAACCUCCCCUCACCACUGAACAGCACACUACACGCUCUACAGCUUCUGUUACCCUGAUCACAAAUACUGUCUCUUCAGCAAAGCCUGGGCCAACAUUGGUAAAGCAAAGCCACCCCAAGAAUCCCAAUGACAAACAUCGGAGCAAGAAAUGUAAAGAACCUAAGCCCAGGGUAAAGAAGCUGAAGUAUCAUCAAUAUAUUCCACCUGAUCAGAAGGGUGAGAAGAACGAACCACAGAUGGACUCCAACUAUGCUCGUUUGCUACAACAGCAGCAGCUUUUUCUGCAGCUGCAGAUCUUGAGCCAACAGCAACAACACUACAACUACCAGACAAUUCUGCCUGCACCACUCAAGUCAUUGAAUGACAAACAGAUCAGCAAUGGGAAUACACCACUGAAUACUUUGAGCAACAGCACACCUACAACGGUAGCCAACACACCAAGACAGAACAGUAAUACGCCCAGCAGGAAACCAGGACCACUGCCUUCAAGCCUGGAUGACUUGAAGGUUGCUGAACUGAAGAUGGAGUUGAAGUUAAGGGGAUUACCUGUAUCUGGAACUAAAACAGAUCUUAUAGAGCGUCUGAAACCUUAUCAAGAUCUUAACAACAAUGGAGUCACUACUAGUAACACUACUACAACAGCAACUUCUGCUGGGGAGGUGACAGUGGGAUUCCCCAUUUCAACACUAAAUAAAGCAGUUGUUAGUUCUAUGUCCAGCUUUCCUACAGAAAAAACAUCUACUGCAAUGGGCUGCAAAGCAGCACAUACUGAAAGCACUAGCUCCCCUUUGCCCAUAUCCCCAUCUCCUUCAGAGCAAUCCAAUCUAAGCACAGAUGAUACUAAUAUGACAGAUAGUUUUACAGAAAUGAUGACCAUGAUGUCACCAUCCCAGUUCUUAAAUACCUCACCUCUAAGAGUCACUACGAAUGAAGACAGUGCAAGUCAUGCCAGUGGAAGCAUGUCAAGCAUGGAGUUUGAUGCAGCAGAAAAGGACCGCAAGCUUCAAGAAAAAGAGAAGCAGAUUGAAGAGCUCAAAAGAAAACUGGAACAGGAGCAGAAACUUGUGGAAGAACUAAAAAUGCAACUUGAGGUUGAGAAACGGGGGCAGCAGCAGGCCCAAUCGUCUAGUAACUCUGUAACUGCUUUGGAUCAGAAACAAUGCAGUGCUGCUGUCAAAGAUGAAAAUGCUCUCCCUGACUGCUCUAAUGGAAAUCAGUCAGCAUCUAUAGCCAACCAUUCUUUAGGACAGCCAAUGUCUACUAGUAGUCAGAGCCUAGUUGCCAAAAAGGCUGUUAUCAUCAAGCAAGAGGUGCCUGUUGCCAAAGCUGAACCACAGAAUGUCAUCUCUCAAUUUUAUGUGAGUUCUCAGCAACAGCCACAAACUGCAGUUGUUGCCCAGCCUCAAGCUUUACUGACUACUCAAGGAACAGCACAGCUGCUACUUCCAUUGUCUAUCCAGGGACCGAAUUCUUCAACUCCAGUACAGCUCCCAGUAGGAAAUAUAAAGCUACAGGCUCAAUCACAAGCAAGAAUUCAGGUGCCAUCACAAAUAACUGCUCCUGUUUCAUCCACUGGUCUGGCCCAGACAGCCCCACAAAUACAUACUUCGCAAUCUAAACAGAAUUCUGUCACACAGCAUGUGCUCAGUCAAGUCCAGCAAAUCAGAAAGGUUUUUACACCUACUACAUCCAAUACAGUAUUUUCCUAUCAAAAUCCACCUGUUACAACGCUAUCACAACCUUUUAUCAAUAAGGGGAAUACUGCUCUUCACACUGGGAACAAUCAGGUUCCUUCUGUUCAAAAUGGACCCACUGUUCAUAAUAAGCCUGGCUCACCAUCUCAACCCCAACCGUACAUCGUACAACACACUCUGUUCAACAGGCCAGUAACCAAGACAAAAGACCCUCCACGUUACGAAGAGGCCAUAAAACAGACCCGCAACAUGCAAGCAUCUCAUCGAGAGGUUUCCAGUGCGCACAGUCAGCAGAUGGAUGAUCUCUUUGACAUUCUCAUUAAGAGCGGAGAAAUUUCCCUUCCAAUAAAGGAGGAACCAUCUCCAAUUUCCAAAAUGAGACCAGUUACAGCUAAUAUCACCACAAUGCCAGUGAAUACAGUAGUAUCUCGUCCACCACCGCAAGUGCAAAUGGCACCUCCUAUCUCCUUAGAACUGGCAAACAGUUUAGAAAACCAACUUGAAGCGCUCUUGGAUGGAACUUUGCCUCCCGGUAAUGAAAUUCCUCAGUUAACAAGCAGCAGCGAAGACAGAGAGUCAUUUUCUCUGAUUGAAGACCUUCAAAGUGAUCUGCUCAAUCACUCCAGCAUGCUUGAUCACUCCCAGUCACCCAUGGAAACAUCUGAUCCUCAAUUCACUGCUAAUAGUUCCUGUUUAUCUCUUGACCUUUCUGACACAAAUUUAGACAAUAUGGAGUGGUUAGACAUUACCAUGCCCAAUUCCUCAUCAGGGCUCACUCCUCUUGGCUCUGCUGCCCCAAGUAUGUUUUCCACUGACUUUCUAGAUCCUCAAGACCUACAGUUGCACUGGGAUUAAGGUAUAAAAGUGCAGCCAGUAAGAAUGUGACUUUCAAAGAUCUGUUUACAGUGUAGGUUCAUUGUUACAUCAUUCUGAUUGCAAUUAAAGUAAAUUACCACAGAAUGAUGGGAAGGAGAAAUGUUCGAAGAGAAGCCUUCACUAAUGUUGAAGUACAUGACAAUGAAUUAGUUAGCGUCUCAGUAAUGCAAGUCAGGGGCAUUUGAGUGUUAUACUAUACAGGUCAGAAAAGGGAUGGUUGUAUUUUUAUUAAUGAAAAGUACUGCCAAGGUGAAGUAUGAAAAAUGUAUAUGUAAGAAUUAGCAUUAAUACCUUUGCCAUGCUCAAAUUGCAUAACAUGAGGCCACUGGUUAGAACUGAAACAGAAGAAAAAUAGGACAGAUUUUAUUCUGCUGUAUGGACAAAGAGAGCAUACAUGGGGGGAAGGGAAGGUAUCACUGCACUUAAUUGUUCCUGUGGACAGCCUGAGCCAAGAGCAAGAUGCAUUGUGAGGGCAAAGGCAACUAAAAGCACUGGCUGGUUCAGUGAAAUUUCACUUGUAUCUAGUCCUUUAAUUUGUUUGUUUUGUAUUUUGGUUUGUUUUGUGACUUUUUAAACUCUUUUCUCACUCUAUUUCAAUUUUAAAUACUGAGGGGAGGACAUAACUGCAUCCCAAGGGAUAUUUUAAGUGUAAUUGUGAAUAAUCCACUGUUGAAAAGGCCAGGUAUUUUGAGAACACUGAAUUUUCCACUCUGGAUUUAAUAGAUGGUUUUAAUGUGUAUAUCAGACAGGUAUUUGUAUACUUUUUAUUGUUGCGGCUUGUACAAUUUAUUUCUGUGGGGGGAAGGGUAGCAGUAGGCAUACCAACCAAUGGACUCUAGUAUUCUAAUAGUAAACAUCCAUUUUCACUCCCAUUGUUUGAUAGUAUUUGCUAAAGAGAUUCAUCUAUCAAAAUAUCACAGUGAAUCACCUCAGCUCAUUAUAUUGUUUUCAGUCUACUACAGGAGUUUCUGGUAAAGCUUUUUAGGGCUCUGAUUUUGCGCACACCUAUGCACGAAUGAUCCAAUCAAGUGCAAUAUGUUUGCAGGAUCAGCCCCAGAUUGCACAGGAUAUAAUGACAUUGUAGACAACUUAACUUCAUCUACCAGUACCUAACCCUGGUUGAAACUGUUCAAAAGCAAUCCUAAGACAACACUGUGGAAGAGGAGAAAAAUAGGAAGGCCUCAAGAUAUACAAGUAAACAAUGCUAAAUGAAGAUGCAAAUUUACCAAGCUAGAAUGCACAUUAUUUGCGUGGCAGGCAUGUAGUAAAAGAUGAGCAGUCCUUCACUUGCUUAUUAUUCUUCUUGACUAUUUCCAUGUUAGCUUCAACUGAGUUAGAUUCUACAAAGACUGAUGUAAGUGGGAGUUAUAUAUUCUGGAACACUGUAUUUUGCUUUCCAUACAAUCAGUGUAGCUGUACUGGUGCGGCUAGUGUUAUUCCCACAUAGCCAUCAAAAACCAUUAGUUCUUUUAAGAUUAUAUAAAAACAAUAUUUGGGAUGAAAAUUGGUCUCAGUUUAGAAACAAUUUGGGUUUUUUCAGUUUCAGAAAUAAAAUUUGCCAAGUCAUUAUUUUCAGGGAUGAUUUAGUGAAAACCAAGUAGCUAUUAACUUUAUAAUAAUAACAUAAUAACAUACCAAAAUGAACUUUUAAAAUAUCAUCUUUUAGAUAUUCAAGUUCCAGAAUUCCAUAUUGUCGAAAUAUUACAGAAUUAGACACUGAGGAUAUAGUCAAUUCUGCUUCUUCAAAAUUGUGUUCACAAAGGAUUGCAUCACACUUUCAGGCCUAAAUAACAUAUGUACAUUGGGACCUGUCAGAUCAGUGUGAUUGGUCUGGUUUCAUGACAAUUACACCUGUAUCUGGAAAAAAAAAAAAUUGCAAGCAUUUAAUGAAAAGUCACAGUUAUGAAGUCACACUAAAGUUUACUUUUAAAUUAAAUGUCCUUUAAAGUCAAAAUGUCUUAUAUUAGGGUUGUCACACAAGAAAAAGGACACUAGUUUGAAGUUAAGAACAUUAUCCUUAUCCUACCUUGUUGUGCAUAGGUAUUGCCAUCGAUAUCUGUGUAAGCAGUGUUCAAGGGCAAUGUUGCAUUGAGACAGCCUGCCUUAAGUUCUGAUUUUCUUGGCUUUAGUAUAUAUGCACAUGAGCACAUUUUUAACGUAAUGUUCUGUUUUUAAGUAUUGAUAACUAUAGUAGGACUCUUGUGAACAUGACUGAACAAAUAUCCUCAUCUUUUACCUUUCCACUUGACUAUGCUCUCUUGGGGCUGAUCCUGUGAGGUGCUGAAUACCCUCAGCUGUUACAGAAGUCAGUGGGAGUUAGAGGCUUUUCACAUCUUGCAGGAGAGGUGGGUUCUUGGUCUGGUAGGAGGACCUCUAUGAAAUGUAUAUUGUUCUACACUACUGUAUGUUAGUGUAUUAUGUAAAAUAUUGUACUAAAAAUGUGCAGUAUAAAAAUGUAAUUACAGACCAAAGAUGAUAGUAACAGAAUGGCCCCUUUUGUUUGUGCUUUCUGUUUAAAUGUGAUGGGUUAAAAUUCAAUUAAAAUCAGUUUUCUAUUGGAGGAAAAAAUUAGCCAGACUAGCACAGAGAGAAAUUGUACUGUCAUUUUGAUGUGCCUGUAAAUAUAGCUCAAAACUGGCAAUAUUAUGUAGUAUCUUGCUACACAAGUAUCACUGGCAACAUAGUUUACUAACCAACCCAUAAGAAUCUGAGUGCAGGCGGAAGAAGUACCCAAGCCUCUGAAAUCUGUCAGUACCAAUACAGAGUUGUUUUUCCCCUAACCUGGUCAAUGCACACACACACACAUACACACACAAAAGGGAUCAGUGUGAAGUUCUAAAAAUGCAAGUAUUUUAGUGUAUGGGGUAUGAUUAUUUUUUGUACGUUUCAGAAUUACAUGUAUUAUAAAACCUCAUAUAUAAUGGUUUGCUUUAGAUCAUAUGUUCUGAAAUGUGCUACAAUAUUUGCCAUAUUCAUGUAUACCUGGUAUUGUGAAAAGAUUUUCUUGCUUAGAUUUUUCUUUUUGUGCAUGUUUUACAUGAUCAUUUUUGUAACACAAAUAGGAUAUAUACAUCUUGAAACUCUAAUAUAACUGUACAGUUUUGUGACAGCCACAAUCAGAAUGUCUCAUUGUGCAAACAGUUGGAAAAGAAUGCACUAGUACUACACUUGCCAUGUGCUGGCUGAAGUAGACUAAGAGACAUGGCUUAAUUGCUGUCAGUGGAUAGUAACUUUAUAACUAAGGGAAGGGUCUUAUCAAAACAAAGACUACCACCUUUUUGUCACUAAGCACAGAAACAGUGUUUCUUCUGCACUUUUUAGUGCCAUUCAACAUUUGUUGAGGCAUGUAAGUUUACAUGCAUUUUUUCUAGAACACUAUUGAUGGUUCUUUAUAUUUGUCAUAAAUUUAACAGGCUUUUCUGAAGAGUAAAAUUUAUGGUAGAUUUUUUUUCAAUCAACCCUAGGACCGAAUUCUGCAAUCUGAGCUUGCAUAAAUGUGAGUUUGUGAAAUUAGGCUUUAGCAUUUAGGAGGAAUUUUCUAUUCUAUGUUGAUGUCUUUUUCAAAAGUUAUUUGAAACAUUGUUGGGUCACCCCUUUGAGUAGCUGUAAGGUAAACAGGUGUACAAAAUUCCAAGAGAAAAUAUCCAUAUGUUGCUUAGUUAACACAUUUAGCCAUCUGAAACUUGUAGUUGAUAGGCAACAUCAUAACCCAGAGCAAGCUGUCUGACUUCUCUAAGGGUCAUAAAAACAAGUAAAAUGCAAAUCACAGAAUACUUUUAACUGGAAGGGCAUUAUGUAGUAAAAAUGCAGUAAAGCUAGCUGACUGUUGUAAAGAAUCAUUUUUAUUUGGAUAGAAUCAUUGUAUUUUUAAACUCUUUAAGCAAAUUCUAUUACAACUGGAAAGAAAAAUUAGUUCUACAGAAUUCUGAAUAAUGAACCCUUAAUGUCGAAACACACUGCACUACUCUUAAAUCUUUAAAUUGCAGUCCAGCAGCCUUUAAACAAAGUAUGGUUGCAUAUUUUCCUGCCAUUACUUUAACAUAUGAUGCAAAUAAAAAAAAAUCUAUACAGGAAUGUAGAGCAUGCAGCUGUUUUAUAGAUGCUUUUAUUCUAUUUGUUAUGUAUUUCUAGUAUAGGAAUAUCAUCUGAACUCUUAUAAAGUUCUUAAAAUAGCUUGACCCGAAAAAUUAAGCAAAAGAAAAUCCUAUCAAAUAUUUUUUUUAAAACACCUGUCAGUACAAUUGGAUUCCUGAAGGAAGACGCUGCUUUUAUUCUGCAGUGUCUGAUUGAAUAAAAAAAAACCUUGCAUUUGGUAUAUAAAUGCAGCGUUAGAAAUCUAGCAAGUGUCAUGCUGACUGUGGCUGUGUACUGACAUUGAUUUCUGCUGGAAGAAAUAGCUUUGCAGGCCAGGUCUCCAGCCAGGGAGCUCUCUGGGCCACCCCUGCCCUUAGGGGAGCCCCUAAAUUGGCAGUCUGUCCUCCUCCUGCCUAGGAAGAAGGCAGGCUGUCAAGUGGCAGGUGGCUGCUGUUGAAAAGUCACAGACAGUCCCAAGAGGAGGUAAGCCGGAAGAAAGUUUGGAGACUUUCAGUCUCUUGGGAGAAACUCUUCCAAGAGCAAUUUAACUCUGGUUGUUCCCAAGUUAUUUUUUCUCCAGAAACAGCCAUUUUACCUCUUGGGGAAAAAAAGCUUAAAUGUCUGCAGAGUUUUGUUUUCUACCAAGAUCUAGGCAAUUCUCCCAGUAGAAACUGAACGUCUGUAUGCAGUUUCAGAGAAAAACAGGAAAUCAGUGUACCUUGACUCUAGAGCUAUAAUGUCCUUUUGGGGGGGGUAAAGAAUUCUGCUUAGAUAUUCAAAAGAUACAUAGUCUCAAUAAGUUCUACUAAUACAAUGUUUUAUUUAAUAGGAACCAAAGGAUUGCCAUUUUUAUUGCCAAAGGAGGCACUUUGUAUUUUGAAGCAUAGAAAAUUCAGUCCCAAAAAGUAUUAUCUGUUUAAAAUUAUCUUUUUUUUUAAUUAAGGAUGUAUAUAUUUUGAAGUUGAUUUUGAUGUAUAACAGUACACAUUUGUUUUGCUGUUUGAGCAACUGUUUUAGGUAAUAAACACAGGCUUCUUUUCAGAUAGCUGUUUCUUCACUGUACUGCUUGCAGUAAAAAUAAUGCUUACAGUCAUCGGUGUUUCUCUUCUUAUUUUCAUGGUCACAAUUAUGUCUUAGCAUCUCACUUGAUGAAAAAAAGAAGAUGGAUACCUGUCUGUACAGCUCUCUUCAUUUACAUGCUACAUCAAUAAAAAAGUAUGGCAAUCAGGGCAUCCAUUCAUGUAUUGCCUUUCUAUAAGAAACCAUGAUGCCUUUGUAUUUGCUGUUUGCACCCCUGAAAUCAAUUCCAUGUUUGAAUGCCAUAUGUUUUGCACAUUGUACUGUAUAUAUGUAAUGCAUACUGUAUUUUUAUAUGUGUAGUACAUUUAUCAAAAUUUUUGUACAUAGUGGCAAUAUUGUAGCUACUGAGGAAAUGUUUGAUAUCUCAGUAUUUUGCUAUUUGUGUCUCAAAUAAAAAAAUGAUAAACUGCA